CUCUCCCCAAUCGUCCCCAACCCCCCAUAACCUCCCCUCCUCCGCCUCCGUUGUCCGUCCGUCCAGCUAGGGUUUCCACCCAUGGCGGCGCCCACCACCUCCCGCCGCGGCCCCGGCGCCGCCCGCAACAUGGACGACGACAACCUCACCUUCGAGACCUCCCCGGGGGUCGAGGUCGUCAGCAGCUUCGACCAGAUGGGGAUCAAGGACGACCUCCUCCGCGGCAUCUACGGCUACGGAUUCGAGAAGCCCUCCGCCAUCCAGCAGCGCGCAGUCCUCCCCAUCAUCAACGGCCGCGACGUCAUCGCGCAGGCCCAGUCCGGCACGGGAAAGACAUCCAUGAUCUCACUCACCGUCUGCCAGAUCGUCGACACCGCCGUCCGCGAGGUCCAGGCUUUGAUCCUCUCACCUACUAGAGAGCUUGCUUCGCAAACAGAGAGAGUUAUGCUGGCUAUCGGUGACUACCUCAACAUCCAAGUGCAUGCUUGCAUUGGUGGAAAAAGUAUCGGCGAGGAUAUCAGGAGGCUUGAGAACGGAGUGCACGUUGUCUCAGGAACUCCAGGCAGAGUAUGUGAUAUGAUCAAGAGAAGGACCCUGCGAACAAGAGCCAUCAAGCUUCUAGUUCUGGAUGAAGCUGAUGAGAUGUUGAGCAGAGGCUUUAAGGAUCAGAUUUACGAUGUCUACAGAUACCUCCCACCGGAACUUCAGGUGGUUUUGAUCUCUGCCACUCUUCCUCAUGAGAUCCUAGAGAUUACUAGCAAGUUCAUGACCGAACCAGUUAGGAUCCUUGUGAAGCGUGAUGAGUUGACCCUGGAGGGCAUCAAACAAUUCUUUGUUGCUGUUGAGAAAGAAGAAUGGAAGUUUGAUACGCUGUGUGAUCUUUAUGAUACGUUGACCAUCACCCAAGCUGUUAUUUUCUGCAAUACUAAGAGAAAGGUGGAUUGGCUUACUGAAAGAAUGCGCAGCAAUAACUUCACAGUAUCAGCUAUGCAUGGUGACAUGCCCCAACAGGAAAGGGAUGCCAUCAUGUCAGAGUUCAGGUCUGGUGCAACUCGUGUGUUAAUCACUACGGAUGUUUGGGCUCGAGGACUGGACGUUCAGCAGGUUUCGCUUGUCAUAAAUUACGAUCUCCCAAAUAAUCGUGAGCUUUACAUCCAUCGCAUUGGUCGCUCUGGUCGUUUCGGGCGCAAGGGUGUGGCGAUCAAUUUCGUGCGCAAGGAUGACAUCCGUAUCCUGAGGGAUAUAGAGCAGUACUACAGCACACAAAUUGAUGAGAUGCCAAUGAAUGUUGCUGAUCUUAUUUGAGCAGAGGACUGGGAGAGAGCGCUGUUGUGUUUUUAUCAUGCCCUCAGAAGGUUUGGCUGAGCUUUGGUUUUUGGUGAAACGUUUGGUGUGGCUGUGAACUGGGCGAGGGGCUUUGUAAGCGGAGUGGAGUAGAGCAGAGAUUUGUUUCCCAUUUGGUCAUCAUGGCAUGAACUGUAUAUAUUCUAGCUUGCUCCAGCUCUCAUGUAACUUGGUUACUGAAUUUGUGGUUGGGACACGAGACUUGUGUCGAUCAGGUUUUAGUGAGUCAAUUGGAUUUGAUGUUGAAUUUGUGUUUAAUGUAUCUGAAUUGGUGUGGUUUAUUAUGAUAGUUUUGACUGGAUGCGGCAGCGCCUAUGUA